AUGGAAGGAAAUAUGAUUACUGCUCUAGAUUUCCAUGAAGGGGUCGAGUUGCGAGAGACUUCCAUGUCUAUUCAAGACGAUCUUGAAGAAGCUAAUAUGAUGACAAGGAAGACGUCUGUAGCUCCAUUUGUUCUCGCGUUCAAUAAUCUAACUUACGGUAUUAACACAAGCAGGGAAAUGACAUUCCGUGGUAUCCUUUGCAGAAAAGAAACCCAAGCAAUAACAAGUACGCCUUCCAAUAGAAAAAUGUUGCUGAAUGAUAUCUCAGGUGAAGCUAGAGAAGGUGAGAUUUUAGCUAUUCUUGGACCAAGUGGUUCAGGCAAGACCACCUUGAUUGAUGCACUUGCCAAUAGGAUUUCUAAGGAAAGCUUGGGAGGGUCGGUAACAAUGAAUGGUGAAACUCUAGAUCCCGGGGUUCUUAAAAUGAUAUCCGCUUAUGUCAUGCAAGAUGAUUUGUUAUACCCUAUGUUAACAGUUAAAGAAACACUCAUGUUCUCUGCUGAGUUUAGAUUGCCUCGUUCUCUCUCGAAAGCCAAGAAGAUGGAAAGAGUUGAAACUGUCAUUGAUGAGCUAGGAUUGCGUGACGCAGCAAAGACCAUUGUAGGAGAUGAAGGUCAUAGAGGAAUCUCUGGUGGUGAGCGUCGUCGUGUUUCAAUUGGAGUUGGGAUAAUUCAUGAUCCUAUUUUAUUGUUACUCGACGAACCAACAUCCGGACUCGAUUCGUCAUGUGCUUUUAUGGUGGUUAAAGUCCUGCAACGAAUUGCCAGGAGUGGGAGGAUAGUAAUUAUGUCAGUUCACCAACCUAGUCCCAGAGUUGUUUCCUUUCUCGACCAGUUGAUCUUCCUCUCCCUGGGGGAAACCGUCUACUAUGGCUCGGCAGCUAAUCUCUCACCUUUUUUGUCAGAUUAUGGUCAUUGCGUCCCUGAGAAUGAAGAUAGAACCGAAUUCAUGCUUGAUUUAUACCGCGAACUUGAGCGUGUACCUGGCGGGACAAGAAGUAUGGUCGAUUUCAACAAAUCAUGGCACAAAAAGCUAAAUCAUCUUUCAAAUUCAGAGUACCCUACCGGAUUGGAUCAAAGCUUAAAGGAGGCCAUAUCAAGAGGCAAACUCAUUUACGGUGGCAAUGGUCCGACAUCGUUUGCAAAUCCACUUUGGGUUGAAAUCAUUGUCCUCGUGAAACGAUCAUUAACAAACUCAAAAAGAAUACCCGAGGUAAUGAUGCUUCAAAUAGGUCUCGCUCUAGUUCUAGCUUCUAUUUUCGGGAGUGUAUUUUGGCACCUUGAUAAAACAGAAACAGGGGUUCAAGAACGGAUAGCUUUCUUCGCUUUUAUGGCAACAACCAUCUUCUUCGGUUGCACAGAUUUACUCGCAGCAUGCUUCGAAGACAAGUACAUCUUUGUGAGAGAAACAGCUUACAAUGCAUACCGUCGCUCAUCUUACGUCGUAUAUCGCUCAAUCAUAGAUAUACCCGUACUACUUGUAGUAUCUAUGAUUCUAGCAUCAAUAACGUUCUGGUCAGUAGGUUUAGAUGGCGGAAAUUCUGGUUUCGCGUUCUAUUACUUUGUGAUAUUCGCGUCAUUUCUGGCAGGUCAUUCAGUAGUUACUUUCGUUUCAGGACUGGUCUCUAAUAUUGUACUGGGUUAUGUUGUAGUUAUGCCGGCAAUUGGUUUAUUCCUUCUAUUCAGUGGUUUCUUUAUCCAUAGAGAUAGACUUCCAUCAUACUGGAUCUGGUACCACUAUAUUUCUGUAGUGAAAUUCCCUUACCAAGCUAUGAUAUUGAACCAAUUCGACAGGCCAGAUUUAUGUCUUAUCGAAGGUACUGCUGAACCAGUUAAGUCAUGUCUAAUGACUGGAUUAGACAUAGUUAGAAAACAAGAUGCAACCGAUUUAAACAAAUGGAAUUGUUUGUGGAUCACUUUGUGUAUGUCUGUUUUCUAUAGAAUUUUGUUUUACUUGUCUUUAUUGUUUGGCAGCAGGAACAAGAGGAAGUAG